AUUUUUGUUUUUAUUUAAAUGGAACUCGUUUUGCAAUGUUGCCUAGGUCGUGCUGGAGGCAUAUAAUUUGAAUUCGGCAACACUGGGCCUUGAAUGGCACGCGAUGACAUUAGCACACAUAAAAAUACUCCGAUACCACACCAUUAUCCAGUGCCCAGAAGAUGAACCAUAGAAAAAACACCAUAUGCACGAUCAAUUUAUCGUAAAUUACACACGUACUUAGUAGAGGAUAAAUACCAGUGGACAUGCACGCACCAAUUAGAAAAAUUAUAGAGGAAAAUGAAAAGCCAUGUAAUACUCUAAUGAGAACUCGAUUCCAAUUUCAAAUUUUUUAAUUAAAAAAUUCUCUCGCUCAUUACAAAACUCUCUGGCAGUUCUCAAGUUUGAAAGUUUUGACGGACAAGUCUGCAAGUUCCCCCCAAGGUUUGCCGCACUUAAAAAUUCACAAGGUUUACAUUUAUUUGUUUUACUUUAUAUCACGUUGUGACCUGUUUAGUCUACCACGAUGUGAUUGUAAUCACGGGAUCAAUUACUGAUGGGGAGAACUCUGAGGACUUGAAGGUAUGUAAAUAAAUAGUCCGUGAAUUGAUGUGCCCAGGGAUUGAGUUGCUGAGAGCAACGCGAAAAGACGAAGGAAAAAUUGGCGAAGGCUCUCAUAGACCAAAUAUUCUGUCUGAUCUUCAGAAGAAACGGUUAAAGGGGUGAUAACUAGGACAUUGACGGUAGAUGAAAUUGCAAAAGACAGGAAAGAAUGAAAUCGUGGAAGUGAAGAAGGCGACCUGGUAGACAUUUCAAAGCGAGAUCGAAGGAGAAGUGCGUGAGGCGCGGAGUGAACAAUUAAUCAAGUACAUUGAAUUAUCAGUGGUGUCUAUUCAAUAAACUAGUCUCGUUAAUCAGUUGGAGUGUUAAAAAAAUUAAAAUGAAUCAAGAUAAGGAGGCAGUAGUGGCUGGUGCUGAGAGUAAAUCGGUUGUUAUGAAAAGUGCUGUGGUGAUACCACGUACACCACCAAAUUGUGCGCGUUGUCGUAAUCAUCGGUUGAAACAAGCCGUCAAGGGACACAAGAGAUUUUGCCGAUACCGAUCGUGUACAUGUGACAAGUGUAUCCUUACCAAGGAUCGACAGAGGGUGAUGGCGAAACAGACAGCCCUAAGGAGGGCACAGGAUCAGGAUGCAACGAGGCCGCUGCAGCCUGGAGAGCAGAUCAGAGCACUACCCAUAGCCCUGGAUGGGGAGCUUCCGAUAUCCGUGCCACAGCCUGCCCGUAGCCUAGAAAAUAGCUGUGACAGUAUCAGUGCGGAUUCACCCUUCAGUAAUCAAGGUAGCACGGGUCCUCAUAGUGGCAUUUUCACUAUUCCACCAUCCUGCAAACUACCACCGUCCUUCAGCAGUCACUCGACUUCGGAUACACAAUUAUCUGAGCCGAGGAGUUGUGAGUCAAGUGAUGACAUGUUGCUGGAGUACAGUGCUAAAUUGCUCGACCAAUUUUGGUAUACGUCGGAAAUAUUACCGCUUAUGUACGUCAUACUAAAAGACGCUAAGUCAGAUCUCGACGAAGCGAGGAGACGCAUAGCCGAAGGCAUUACUGAGAUACGUUCCAUAUUUGUGAGGAAGGCCAGAACAAUGAUGGGUGUUACUAGUGAUGUUUACUACAAUGAACGGUACACCGCAACAGCUGGAAGUGCUGGACCCACCUACAUUGGUCAACCACCGUACAUUGGCAGUGUCAUGCAUCCUCCUCUGCACUUAGGAAUUCCUCACUUAGUAAAUGCCCAUCUAUUCACUGCUGGAGUACCAUCGAGUCCACCCAGAGGACCCACCAUCUAGUCCAGAUUACCGUGAAGUCAAUCAAAAAAGCUCGUAAGAGAGGUCAGAGGCUGAGUUCUACGGAAAAGGAAAAAUAAAAAUUACGGUGACUUGAGCAAUCAAACGAGGUGCAUAAUGAAUAGUUGGAGGUUUUUUCUUUUUAUUAUUAUUCCAAUCGCAAAUCGUUUGCACUCCACCAGUACAGAGGAAUAGUAGAAGGAAAAAAAAAAUGAGGUUGGACACACGUGUUACGACUUUCGGUGUAAAUUAAAUGCAAUAAUAAAAAUGGUAAUAGUGGAAUUUUUUAUCAACAAUGGGACAUUUCCAAAGUCACAAAACUUAUCUUCUCUCUUUUUUUAUCAUUUUUUUCUCUUCCGUUGUGAUAUUCAGAGGAGAAUAUUCUAUUCAAAGUACUGUAUCUAGUUAACCAUUCUUAUUUGAUCAUCAUCGGCCAUCAUCGAAUGAUGAUUAUUGAUAACGUGGUGUAUUAAACAUGAUUAUAAGUUAUGUCACAGUUUUGACGUAUGUACAGAUAUAUGAGUUGGUUUAUUGAAAAAAUUCUCCCAACAUUUUUUCAUUGACAGAGUUUAGGAAAAUGUUCAGUUACUCCCCUUUAUAUUUUCACUGUUAUUGUUUUUUCAAGGGACAACAUUUUAUUGUUCAUUGGGCUCAACGUAUUCUCAUCGGAAAUUGUCAUGUUCUCGCACCCUACGGAUUCAAUAAGAUCCUAUAUUUUUCCUAAAGAAAGAAAAUUCAUGUGUAAUCUCAACCUGUUUCAAUGUAUAACUAACAGACUGUAUUGCAAUAAUCGCAAUAGCGAUUAUCAAUCUGUCUCUGAGAGUAGAUUAAAAUGCAUUGCAGCUGUGAAAAUGAGCCAGUAAUGAAUGUCGAGUACGGGUUUCUAUCAUUAAAAUGACCGCAGUUGUUCUCAUUACCUUAUUGAAAUUCUUCUAAUUGUUUCCGUAGCUGAAUAACGAUAAGUGUCUCAGCUCCACUAGAUCGUGAAAUGUUGGCAUUAUGCACAUUAGUUAUAAAUUCGAAAUGUGUAGCACUUUGCAACGUGUCAUGGUCGUCGACGCUGUAAAAAUCCGAGGACAAUUGAUUAUCACUUUUUCUCCAAUAAUUUCUUCUAUUUAGUAACUUGUAGUUAGUUAGGAUAUGAAGUAUAAAAUGCGGUCUAUCAAUAUGAGUAUAAAAAGAAAUAAUAAUGAGGCAGGAUUGUUGCAUGAUUUUUUGUUCUAUUCUUAACAGGGAAGUUGCAUUCUACUUUAGCAAUUGUUCCGAAGUUUUUUCAUACACCUCCAGACAGAAUAAAUAAUGCAAGUUCUUUGUGACGAAUAAAAAAAAAUGUCUGUGGACUUAUUUUAUCUCUACCUUGUAAUUCUUUUAUGCAGACUAUUAUAGUUAUUUAUUGAUAAAGACUUCAGUGGACGAUUGUGAGACAUCAAUCUGAAGAAAUUGUCAAAAAAGUCCAGUUAGAAUUAAAUAAUAAGAAAAACCAUGUUGAACCCAUAAUCCUUAAACGCUGUAGGGCCAUAAAGCUUGGAAUCAAAAAAUAAAGUUAAAAAAAAGGCAAACCGUUUUUGUGAAUUUCAAUGUAUUCAAUGCAUUAAUCAUCAUAACUGUUAAAUUAUAGUAUGCGAUGUAAUAAAAAACAAUUUCGUUUCUAUUUCAA